AAACUUGAAGACAACCAAGGUCAGUGACUAUCAUCUAUUCCACACGAUGAGUAACAGCCACCCUCUUCGCCCCUUUACUGCCGUGGGGGAAAUUGAUCAUGUGCACAUUUUGUCUGAGCAUAUUGGUGCCUUGUUGAUUGGUGAAGAAUAUGGUGAUGUCACAUUUGUUGUGGAAAAGAAGCGCUUUCCUGCCCACAGGGUAAUUUUAGCAGCUAGGUGCCAAUAUUUUCGAGCAUUACUGUAUGGUGGGAUGCGAGAGUCUCAGCCUGAAGCAGAAAUCCCUCUCCAAGACACCACUGCAGAAGCAUUCACAAUGCUACUCAAAUACAUCUACACGGGGCGGGCGACACUGACAGAUGAGAAGGAGGAGGUGCUGCUGGAUUUUCUGAGCCUGGCUCAUAAAUAUGGAUUUCCAGAGCUAGAGGAUUCUACCUCUGAAUAUCUCUGCACCAUACUUAAUAUUCAGAACGUCUGUAUGACUUUUGAUGUUGCCAGUCUCUACUCACUUCCCAAGCUAACUUGUAUGUGCUGCAUGUUCAUGGACAGAAAUGCUCAGGAGGUGCUCUCCAGUGAAGGCUUCCUCUCCCUUUCCAAGACAGCACUUCUGAACAUCGUUUUAAGAGAUUCGUUUGCUGCUCCUGAGAAAGAUAUUUUCUUAGCCUUGUUAAACUGGUGUAAGCACAAUGCGAAGGAGAAUCAUGCUGAAAUCAUGCAGGCUGUGCGUUUACCUCUAAUGAGCCUCACUGAGCUUCUGAACGUUGUGAGACCUUCAGGACUGUUGUCUCCAGAUGCUAUUCUAGAUGCCAUUAAGGUGCGGUCAGAGAGCCGAGACAUGGACCUCAACUACAGAGGCAUGCUCAUACCAGAAGAAAACAUUGCAACUAUGAAGUAUGGAGCCCAGGUUGUGAAAGGAGAGCUGAAGUCAGCCUUGUUGGAUGGUGACACUCAAAAUUAUGACUUGGAUCAUGGAUUUUCCAGGCAUCCCAUCGAUGAUGACUGCCGCUCUGGCAUUGAGAUCAAGCUUGGCCAGCCAUCUAUUAUCAACCACAUACGCCUCCUCCUGUGGGACCGUGACAGCCGGUCUUAUUCCUACUUUAUUGAAGUGUCCAUGGAUGAACUAGAUUGGAUCAGAGUGAUAGAUCAUUCACAUUACCUAUGUCGGUCUUGGCAAAAGUUGUAUUUUCCAGCUCGUGUAUGCAGGUAUAUCCGAAUAGUUGGGACUCACAACACAGUGAACAAGAUUUUCCAUAUUGUGGCUUUUGAAUGUAUGUUCACAAACAAAACCUUCACUCUGGAGAAGGGCCUAAUAGUUCCCAUGGAGAAUGUUGCAACAAUUGCUGAUUGUGCCAGUGUGAUCGAAGGAGUCAGUCGGAGCCGAAAUGCCUUGCUGAACGGGGACACUAAGAAUUAUGACUGGGAUUCUGGCUACACGUGUCACCAGCUGGGAAGUGGUGCAAUUGUGGUUCAGCUGGCACAGCCAUACAUGAUUGGGUCAAUACGGUUACUACUCUGGGACUGUGACGAUCGAAGCUACAGUUACUACGUUGAGGUUUCCACCAAUCAGCAGCAGUGGACCAUGGUGGCUGACAGAACAAAAGUCUCCUGCAAGUCCUGGCAAUCGGUCACUUUUGAAAGACAGCCUGCCUCCUUCAUCCGAAUCGUCGGAACUCACAACACAGCCAACGAGGUGUUCCACUGUGUCCACUUUGAGUGUCCGGAGCAGCAGAGUGGCCAGAAGGAGGAGAGCAGCGAGGAACCCGGGACAGGGGGCCCCAGCACCCCCAGUCAGCAGCUCGAACCCCACGCACUGCGAGCACCCAGCGCCAGCUCACUACCCCCGAGUCCGGGCCCCAACUCGCGCUCACCCAACCAACACCACCAAUAAAGGAGGCAGAGGACGUGGUGUGACUUGGGUGGGCCUGGGUGGAGCAGGAGUGUGCCCUCCCCCGUUCCUGGGAGAGCAGACCUGGCUGCAAGACCACCCACCAGGCGUUCCCCAGGACAGAGGGGCACCCUUCCUCCCCACUCUUCAGACAGUCUCCAGGGGGAGGAAGUGGGUCUUGAUUCUUCCAGUCCACCAUCAAUCCUACCUCUAAUGUUACCAAGGUACCAGUGCAGAAGGAGUCUCUAGACAAAGGGAACCCUAGGCCUUGACAACCAGAAAAGGGCCCAGCCCCAGAGGGUCCUCUCGGGCACCUGUUGCCCUGGUUCCUGGGUGGUUUGUAGUUGUGUGGUUUCUCUCCAUCUGCUGAGUCAUGGUGGUGCAGGCUUGUGGAACUUCUCUGGCCCUCUGCAGGGACAAGGGUCUUCCUCAGUCUCCAGUGCUUGCACGUGGGCAGAGCAGAGGCUGUCCCUCCUAACUGCGCCCAGAUGCAGCUCAUCAUGGCACUUAGCCUGACCAGGAAAAUCCUUGAAGUUCAACCAGACGCCGCACAAUGUGCAAAUCAAUCUGCGGACACUGGAGUUAGUGAUUGAUCAAAUUGCCACUUUAUUAACCCUUCAUUCCUGAUGUGUACAAGCCUCCUUCCAGUCUGGGAGGCCAGCGCGCCAGCUGCUAGAGGACCACUCAGAAGCUGUGUGGACACUUCUGAGUCGGGCACCGGGCAGUCAAUCCUAGGCUGGCCCUGCUGGCCCUCAUGGCUCAGCUGCCCUUGGCCAUGGUUCAGCCAACAGAUGGGGUGUCAGGAGCACAGGCCUGGGACUCCACAGGAGUCUCUCCAGCGUCGUCCACCUGGGGGUGGCGAAGAGCAGUUUGUCUUUGACUAGUGCAGCCCCACCCCCCCACCCCGCCUCUCUCUGUCACUUCCCUGCCCAGCUCCUGCCUCUGCGCCUCCCUGUUGCAUCCUGAGGCCCCAUGAAGUCACCUUAGCGCUUCCUGUGAGCAUGCUCCGAGGAGCGUGGGGCUUCGGGUCCCGUCCUGUUCCAGAAAUGAAAAGAUGGGCCAUCCAGCUUUCUCCGAGCUUGACUUAAUUGCACUGGGUUGUCCACACUGAAGAGGGGGCCUCAGGCUGCAGUGGAGGUCAUCCUCCUGUGAGUUCAGGCCUAGGGUGGCAGAGCCGCUCCCGAGGGAGACUAGUUCACAGUCUGAACCUCUGGCUUCAUUGCUGUGUGGUGUGGCUGCCUCUGGUAAGGAGCUCCGGGGAAUGGAUGGCAGGCAGGGUGCAGCCGCUGUGAAUGGGGCGUUGCCAGUUAGCCUGGGGUCCUGCCUGCUCAGCAUCGCCAGUGCACGGGGAUACCCCGUUCUGUGGAGGGUGGAGUUUGUGUCUUUUGGAAGAUAAUGUGUGAGGGCUUGUUUUGUUCUUGUUCAGUUACUUGCUUAAGCUAGAUCCUCCCUCUGUAGCCUAGGUUGGCCAGAUUCAUGGCAAUCCUCCUGCUUCAGCACCCUGAGUUCUGGGCUUGUAGUUAUGAGAUAGCACAUGCUGCCAUACGCCUUCUUUGUGAACAUGGAAGGCAAGAUGCAGGCCUGGAGCCCAGCAGCCCCCGGGGCAGUGUGGCUGAGCUGGAAAGAAGCCAUGUUGUCCACCCCAGAUGUCACCACACAUCUGUCACGCUAGGCACUGAGUACUAGGCGCCCUUGGCAGCCCAUCCACCAUCUCAGACCCACACCCAUGGCUUCCUUUCUCCCUUCGGACAGUGUUGCGUCUUCAGGUUGUAACUAGAGACUCGGUCCCUUCCGUAUCGGCACUGGCAUGGUACCCCCACCACAUAAGGAGGAGGGGGAUGGGACCCCAAAGUCACAGGUGCCAGUGGGGAGUUCUGAGAACCAUAGCAACCAUAGCCCCCAGUCAUCUGAGAUGAUCCCAGGGCCACCCUGGAUUGUCACCUACUUAGGGUGCAGGAGGAUAUGGUUGGCUUACCUCCCACCAGAAAAGGGAGCUCACCCUUGGCUGGUGGGCAUGCUGAUGUGCCUAGAGGUCACGGCUACAUCUAAGGUAAGGUCCACAUUUCCAGAGGAUGGAGCCAGAGCCUGGCUUAUCCCUGCUUGUCCCCUGCAGGAUUCUCCCCUGGGGCCAACAGACUGGAAGUGAGACUAACGGCAAGUCGGGCUGGCUGGAACUCGGAGGAUCCUAUGCACCAAGCAGCCCUGGCACCGUACUGGUGGAUUCGGACUCUGAGGACCCUUUGGGUGCCAAGGAGCCAGUCAGGCCAUAGGGGACAGAGGCAGUGUGGGCCAUUGCUCCCUCAGGGCUGCCCUUGCCCGUAAGGUCAACAGUGUGUGAACACAGCCAGGUGGCUCAGCUUGGAGAGUGGCCACCAUGGGAUGCCUCUGGUGCCAGCUGUGAGGUGGCCCCUGCUUCCAGGUCCCCUGGGUCCUGCAGAGCCCCCUGUACCUCCUUUUGAUCAUGUGUGUUAGAACGGCAGGUGUCCUCGUGGUGGCUUUUGGAAGAAGUGUUCAGUGUCACCGACAAGGGCUCCUGGGGGACCAUUCGGGGUGCUGGGCAGGGCAGUUUGGGCUGUGGGGUAGGCUUGAGGGUAGACGCUGUCUGUACAGGGGCUUCUGGCAGCCACAAAGGCAGUCUCACACGGGCUCAGAGUCUCCUAAGGCCUCAGUACUUUCCUGGUGUGAUUUUAGAGGAGUUCCAAGCCCAUUGUAGGCAUGGGCUCCUCAGUGGCUCUCUCAACUGUCACUUUUUCACUCUUAUUAAAUGAAGUGUCAAUUCCUGACAAAUACA